AUGGCGCUGGCAGCAUGGUACGUGGCCCCCGCCAAUCUCGCUCACAUCCAGGGACAAGUACCCAGUGGUAGUGCGCCCGGUCGUGGCACUGGUAAGGAUGGCCAGGCCAACAAGAAGAAGAAGCACUCGGACACGGCCGCGAAGCUCCCGAGCGUGUAUCCUACGACACGGUGCCGCUUGAAGCUGCUGAAGCUGGAGCGCAUCAAGGACCACCUCCUCCUCGAGGAGGAGUUUGUGAUGAACCAGGACCGCCUGCGGCCCAAGGACGACCAAGAUGCCGAAGAGCGCACGCGCGUGGACGAUAUUCGCGGAAGCCCCAUGGCCGUGGGCACGCUCGAGGAGAUCAUUGACGACGAGCAUGCGAUCGUGAGCAGCUCGACGGGCCCCGAGUACUAUGUCAGCAUCAUGAGCUUCGUCGACAAGGAUCUCCUGGAGCCCGGCUGCAGCGUCCUCCUGCACCACAAGACGAUGGCCGUCGUCGGUGUGCUCUCGGAGGACACCGACCCAAGCGUCAGCGUGAUGAAGCUCGACAAGGCGCCGUCUGAGAGCUACGCGGACGUGGGUGGCCUCGAGUCGCAGAUCCAGGAGAUCAAGGAGUCGGUCGAAUUGCCGCUCACGCAUCCUGAGCUGUACGAGGAGAUGGGUAUCCGCCCGCCCAAGGGCGUCAUCCUCUACGGUGUGCCGGGCACCGGCAAGACGCUGCUCGCCAAGGCCGUCGCCAACCAGACCUCCGCCACAUUCCUGCGCGUCGUCGGCUCGGAGCUCAUUCAAAAGUACCUCGGUGACGGGCCCAAGCUCGUGCGCGAGCUGUUCCGCGUCGCCGAUGAGCACGCGCCGAGCAUCGUGUUCAUUGACGAAGUGGACGCGGUCGGUUCGAAGCGCUACGACUCGACCUCGGGUGGCGAGCGCGAGAUUCAGCGCACACUGCUGGAGCUGCUGAAUCAGCUGGACGGCUUCGACUCGCGCCACGAUGUCAAGGUGAUCAUGGCGACGAACAAGAUUGAGAGCCUGGACCCCGCGCUUAUCCGCCCCGGGCGUAUCGACCGCAAGAUCGAGUUCCCGCUGCCGGACCAGAAGACGAAGAUGCAGAUUUUCCGUCUGCACACGUCGCGCAUGAACCUCGACCCAGACGUCAACCUAGAGGAAUUCGUCGCGAUGAAGGACGACCUCAGCGGCGCCGAUAUCAAGAGCUUGGACUUUGUUACGGCGCGCGAGCGCGUCAUUGAUCGCAAGAACGAGGGCACGCCCGAGGGCUUGUAUCUAUAG